AUGACUUAUCUUCACGACUUUUAUGAUACCCCCGAUCUAUUCGAGUCCUGGUCCUCGCCUUACCGACAGAGGCAGCCCUCCAGUGACCGUCUAUCAGACAACCCCCUCCCCGACAGAAGCAGAAGGGGCUCUUUUCAGACCCAUGCGAGCGCAAGCACUCUCUUCUACCGCUCUCUGGAUAUCCCGGAAUCAACAUCCAGCGUGAGCCAUUCGACUUCGUCCCCGCUGGCUACCUUCCAUUCUACAGUCCCAUACGCGGCUAGCGGGCCGCCCAGGCCUCCAAAUAAGCGCCCGACGCUGCAUGGACGCUCCAAUCACGCGGAAUCGCCUCCACAGGUCGCAUCGACGUGGGAUAAGGCACUUCCCGCACUUCCACGGGACUCCUCUCUCUUUGGAAAGCUCGUUUCUGCGUCCAAGGGACUCCCGAAGAUUAUCCUCCGCACUAAACACGAAGAGGAAAGAGCGCCGCAGCAGACACAGACAGCACCGCCUCUCCUGAAGGCGCCACGCCUCCCACUCCCACCGAUCGUGGUUACACCUCCAUUAUCUUUCCUAUCAGGCCCGCCUUCUGCACCACCGUUACGCCCACGCAUAAUUCGCCCACCCCGCUGGAUAGCCAGCUCUUAUUCGAGCCACCGAAGUGGCGAUUCUGCUACAUCCCCUUCUUCGGCUCUGAUGCAAGAGAUCGCAUCUGACCCAGCUCUGGUGUGGCUCGAGCAACUUGGAGUGGCUGCACUUCAAAAACGUGGAAAGACGAGGGGGAGCGAGCCGCAGACGCCUGUAAACACCCCGUGCGAUAACGAAGAAACGCCUGGUUUUCCCCGAUUUUUGGGUGAGACUGAAGAAGCACCCGCACAGGCAAAUCUCGCGCAGGAGGAGAUGGGCGCUUCAACAGUUCCUGAUACAGAUAAUGAGACUACAUACUUUGCCACUCUCUCGAGCUAUGAUGAACAAUCCGUGCAGGUUGAUCGUGCAGGUCAGGAGGCCGAGCGCUGUCAACCGGAUCGAUUCGACGACAGGGACCGGAAGGAUGACGAACACCGAGGGGUGCCGGGCGUUUCGGCCAAGGAGAACCACCCAGAGGGCGAGCAUACGAUUCCAGCUAGCAAUAUCGUGGACGGGCAAGAGGAUCAUGAGGAACAAGACUGGGUGGAGGUUGAUGACGAGGAAAUCCAGGAGAGGAGAGAAAUUUCGAUGGAGAGUCAGACUCAGAAACCAAGGGCAAAGGGCGCUCGCAAGCAGCGUUCCGGUGAGCGUACGCGGCGGUCCUGGUUUGUAAGGAGGUCUGCUACCCAGACUGGAAGCAGAAGCCAGUCUCCUCAAGAACCUGCCGGUCCGAGUGUGUGUCCUAAAUGCGGCGCUUCCCUCCCACCGUCUACCGCCUCGUCCUCGAAGCCUACAAGUCGUUCAGGUGUCGGACGGUGCUCUCACCCGAUUAUCGAGACCCACCAUACCGGUGAUUUUAUCUUGAUGAAUAUCUCGAACAUGAACAACAAUAACAGUCGAAGAUAUUACAAGGUCGCGCGUGAGUAA